GUACUUAUUUUCCUUAUCUAACAUAUGUGAGUUUCAUAGGUUUGCAACUAUGCUCACAACUUCCACCUCUAGGCCAGUUGCCGCAUUUGAGGCAUGCCUAAUUGGGAAGAAUGGACCUUGGUUGGCAGCGAAACAAGACACUUGUUCAUUGCGAGUUAUGCCUCGUCUAGAGGAGUUGCAUGUAAUAAACUGCCCAAAACUCAGAGCACUUCCAAAAAGUUUGCAGCAACUAAGCGCACUCCGGAUUUUGCGUACUACAAUGGCUCAUAGCCUAAGUGUAAUUGAGGACUUCCUAUUCAUAACUGAGCUUACGAUUGAAAUGAACAAUGGCAUAGAAAGGGUCUCAAAUCUUCCUUCACUAAAGAAGCUCGCCAUUUGGGACACUCCGGCUCUGAAGUGCGUCGAUAAUUUGGUUGCACUACAACACCUAGAGUUGCAAGAUUAUUCUAUGGAGUCCCUCCCAGAAUGGUUGUUGAGACUGGUCCAGCAACGCGCGCAUCUUCGCGACAAAAACCUCCAACUUGUGAUGCGCUGUAGUACCGCCGUAAUUCAGAGAUGCCUCAAGGGAGGGCCAGAUUGGCCCAUCAUCGAGUGCUUUUCUUGUGUCAGCGUCUACACUGAAGAUAGAUCGGCAUAUCUUGAAUAUACCAAGCAAAGUGGGUGUUAUCGAACUAAUCAAUGA